AUGACACUGACAGUUAUUAUUAACUUGGUCUUGGCUAGCACCAGAGAUCCAGGAGUUGUUCCAAGGAAUGACAAGUCACAAUUGGAAGAAGUUGGCACCAGUAUUGGGUCAAGAAGCAGGAGGAUUAGUGUUAGUGGUGUUGAGGUGAAGGUCAAGUAUUGUAGGAUUUGCAAGAUAUUCCGACCCCCAAGGAGUUGCCACUGCACUGUUUGUGACAACUGUGUUGAGAAAUUUGACCAUCACUGCCCAUGGAUCAGCCAGUGUAUAGGAUUGCGGAAUUAUCGCUAUUACUUGAUGUUCAUAUUCUCAGAUUUGGUGUUCUUUAUCUAUAUAUUCGCCUUCUCCUCAUGGAGGAUCAGGAGAAAAAUGGUCAACACUGGCUCAGGGGUGUUUGGAGUGAUUCAGAGUGCACCUGAAAUUUUUGCAUUAGCAGUGUUUAGCUUCGUUUCGAUCUGGUUUCUUGGAGGGCUUCUUGUCUUUCAUGCCUAUCUUAUCACUUUAAACCAGACUGCUCGUGAGAAUUUUAAACAACGAUAUGCGAAGUCUCCUAAUCCUUAUGAUAAAGGAAUUUUAGGAAAUCUAAAAGAAGCUCUUUUCACCAGAUUGCCACCUUCCAAAGUCAAUUUCCGAGCAGUUGUUGAACCCAACUGGGGUUCUAUAACAAGAAUACUUACGAAUUCUACUGACGGAGAUGAUGAGGCGUCAAUCAUGAUGCAGCAUGCUUUCAGCAGAAAGGAGGAAUCACCACAAGAGAGCAGUGAGAGCGAACACUUUGAAGAAAUAGAGUUAAAGUGAAUGAACUGUACACUUAUAUCUGUAUAUCAUCCUUUCUUUGUAGUGCAAGUAUGGUCCAUGCGAUGCCUUUACAAACUCACUGUAGUAGUGUGUGUGUGUGUGUGUGUGUGUGUUUUGAGCUACAAUGACAAUGCUAAUGCCUUGCGCAGAGGAUGAGUGCCUGACUUUUGCUGCUGUAUGACAUUAAGAGUCAGAUUUGCAUAUGCUUAAUGUAAUCAAGUUCAACUACUAAUCCUAUAUGAGGUUCUGAUAAUUAGGGAGGGAAGUUAAUCAGUAUUGCAUACAAUUACACUGGACUAUGUAAAUAGAUCUUUAGAGCUAGAGAUGAUCAAGUGGAAUGGAUAUUUUUCAAUUAAGAUCUCUAGCAAAUAAGCUUGUUUAAGCAUCAGGGAGGCAGAUGGUGGAUAUGUAUUUGUUGUGAUUUUACCUCUUAGAUCUGAUUCUGUAUAAUAGGUGUUUUAGAAGUGCAAUUACUUGAUCAUGCUUAUGAGCCGUUUUUGUGGCAUGUCUUGAAUUCUACAUCUCAUACUCUUUAAUUUCAGGGAAGAAAGAGGCAAGGAGGGAGAAAUUUGGGAUAGGGACCAAAAAGGAAGGGUAGAGGAGGACUUCCUAAAGUAUAGACUUGCCGGCCCUCUUCUCCAUGAGUCUCGCCAAGCUCGUGCAACCAUGCAUGAAGAUGGAUCCAUAAAACAAUGAUUCCAACGGUCGUUCCCUGAUCUGUGAGAAUCAAUCGAAUCUAAGGUCUGUCUUGCAAAUAAACAUAAAUUUAUCUGUGUCGAUUUGUAAAUAGGAAUAAUAGAAGGUGCUAAAUACAAUAUAGCAGAAUCUUAUUUGGGA